AUGAAGCCCACCGAAAUGGCUAAAGAAGGAGCAGAGAUGACAGAGGAAACUGAGCACAUGAUAGAGAAGAAUGGCGCAAAGGAAACAGAAAAUGUAGUAUCUGCAGGAGAUGCCAAAGAAAUGCGAGCCGUAAUACUGUCCGGUUUUGGGGGUCUCAACAAACUCCGGGUAACCAAGAAGGCGAUGCCUGAGCCACAGGAAGGAGAAGUGAAAAUUCGCGUCAAAGCAUGGUAAACGUUGGAUAGUAAACUGUUGAUGUAAUUGUUACAUUGAUGCCUGCCUAUAUGAUUUUAAAAUAUCAGUGUUGCGAAGUUACCAUAAAUGUAGUGCAACAUGUUGCAGAUUCUGAUUCAGUAUGGGCGAGCCAUGAAUAAACCUUUAAUUAAAGUAGGUUCAACUCGACCUGUAUAGUUUGUAAAAGUGACACGAGAAAAGGACUCAUUGCAUUCAUGAAGCCACAUGUCCUCUGAUGGUUCACUGUCUGUAAUAGAUGAUUAAUAAGGACUGUCUGUGGACCAGUCAUGCAAAUGAAAAGCAAAAACACCUGCAAUGUUGGAAUUAAUUAGAAUUUGUCUUGAUAAAAUUAUUUGCUUGGCUUGUUCUUGACUGAUAAUCUUUAUGAGCUUUUUAUUGGAUCUGGCAGAAGGGGGAAUAGUUAAAUACCACGAGCCAGUUAAAAUGGCUUUUCUCAUUACAACUGUCUCAUACAAAGUCCUACACUUGUGGUAUUUAUGCUCUAUUCUCGAAUGCUAGCCUACUUGUCAUUUAGUAAGUAGAUUCUGAUGAGGGAUUGAUUAUUUGUCUUUACUCCAACAAUAUUGUUUUAUUGAUAAUAUUGAAAUACAUAAUAAGUACACAUAAAUUAUACAUUCAACAAGUGACAAGCAAUUUUUCCAUAAAAGGGAGGCUGUUACAGAUAUACUGUAUCACAGAUGAGCUAUUUGUUGUUCAGUGCAUGUGAAUCACCAUGGCCUUGGAACUGUAGGCCCUUUUAAUAGUCUGGAAUUCAAGCAUGGGUUUGUAGAUGUCAGACAGUUUGUGUUGUGAACUUAUGACUGCUAAGGCAUUUAUUUAUUAACAUAUUUGAUCAAAUAGUGAAAAUGACCAUCAUGCAAUAUUGUGUCUUCUCCAAUCACCUAAGUUAAAAAUAAAUAACUUUGCUUGAUUGUGAUGUUAAUAUCAAUGAGACAUUUACUGUUGCAGUGGCUUGAACUUCCUGGACCUUAUGGUGCGUCAAGGGAAUAUUGACAAUCCUCCGAAAACUCCACUUGUCCCUGGAUUUGAAUGUUCUGGAAUAGUGGAGGCGAUGGGAGAAAACACAAAGGGAUUUGAGGUCAGUGUAUCCAGAUCACAGUAUGUUACAGAUGUUAUGUCAUGGAUUAGUAGCACAACUAUAUUGAUCUCACUUUGCAUUUUUACCCCAAAAAAUAUUGAUUUGCUGUUACGGUUUGAAAUGUUUAAUGUUGCUAUUUUGAAAUGCAUUGGUCAGAGUAGCAUGUGAGGGUUGGUGCAUUUCUAAAACAAACCUGUAACCAUGUCACCUCCCAAAUCUGCAUUUAACAUAUUUUAUAGCUGAUCCUUUCUUCUCUCCAGAUAGGAGACCGGGUUAUGGCUUUUGUAAAUUACAAUGCCUGGGCAGAGGUGGUUUGCACACCGCUGGAUUACGUCUAUAACAUGCCUGAUGAUAUGACUUUUCCUGAGGCAGCAGCCUUCUCCAUGAACUUCGUGGCUGCCUACAUGAUGCUGUUUGAGGUUGCCAAUCUGCGAGAGGGGAUGUCAGUAUUGGUCCACUCAGCAGGAGGGGGUGUGGUAAGUCAACGCCCGAGAGGAGGUGGAAAGAAAAACACAGCAUUUCCUGAAAUGAUAUCAGUGAUGUUACUAUAGAUACCACCAAGGUGUGUAGCUCUGGUGGCUCUUGAGGGUAACAGCCUGUGGCUAUUAUCAGGCAGCUCAGAUGCUGUUUUACAUAAUGCUUUAUUCAUGAUUAAGAUGGACAUGACAGGAGAUGGUGAGAUGUGGCUGAGAAAACGACAUCUAGGAAAGAUGUGACUGUGGUGGGAGAUGGACAUUGUCUGGGCUGUGCUGGUUAAAGUAUAUUAACACAGACUCUUCAGACUCUUUUUUACAAGACAUUGAAUUAUCAGGCUCCUGUAGCACAUUUCCCUUUAGCGAAAGCAGUUUGUGAUUCCCAGCUUUAAUAAUUAAACAGAACUAGAGAUGUAAUUAUGCUCUAGAGAUGCUCCUACAGACUAUAAUUCAUGAACAACCUGUUGCAGUUUGUCAACAUACAGUAGAGCGACUGCUCAGAUUUCAGACUGAUGCGCACAAUAGGAUAUAACUCUGUUGUUUAGUACCAUACUGUAGUAGAGAUGGACAAGAAAACAUUUACUGCCUUUACCUAGUGUGUUGAAUGAUUAAAAUAAUUAUUAUCAUUAUUUUUCAUAUCAAAGAUGGAUUAUGGUUGGUAAAGCUGUGAUGCAUAACCUGUGGAAAUGUAAUUGUCUGGAUUGGCCUUGUGUAAUAGUGUCUGUGCCUUGAAGAGUCUGACUGGGAUUGUGUGGUGUUUUUCAGGGUCAAGCUGUGGCUCAGCUGUGCUCCACUAUACCCAGCGUCACCGUGUUUGGAACGGCCUCAUCUUUCAAACAUGAAGCCAUCAAAGACUCUGUGACCCACCUCUUCGACAGAAACGUUGAUUAUGUACAAGAAGUUAAAAAGUAAGGUUUGUUUUUUGUUCUACAAGAACAAUUAUUGGUAUAAAAUGUUUCUUAUAAACAUAGAACUGCAGCAGUAAUUGUUCUUCACAAUUUUUAUGAAUAAGACUAAUUUGUUAGCAAAUGUGUAAUUUCAUUGGAUCUUACAGGUUUAUUAAAAUAUGUUUAGAUAUAAUUUCACAUAAUUACUAAUAAGCUCUUUUGGUUUAUAAUGUGCAAUUUGAUAUGUACAUAUGAAAUGACAAUGAUAAUGUGAUAACGUAGAACACAGAGCAUGUAGAGCUCAGGGAGGAUGCAGAUGUUAGUCGAUGCCAUAUUUGGACGUGUGGCUGCGGUCCCCAUGGCAACACACAGCUCGUCUCCGAGAGCAACGGCAGUGUGUGGGGCAGAGUGCUCAGAGGCUCUCUAAAGGCAACCUGCAACAGGCUGUCUGCUGGGGACGUGGAACAGCUGGGCCAAUCAGCAGAGAGCCCUGAUGCCUCAUAAAUACCAUCCCCAUUCAGAUCACACUGCAUGUCGUUGUCUUGUCUGUUCCAAACAUAUUGCUCACCAUAUGUCUGCUGCAGUCAUAGAACUAAAAGUGCUGAAAACAAAUUGGCUCCCUAUUUAAAAAGACGAUGGAGAACAAGCUAUGGAUGUUUUUCGUGCAGGUACAGACAACUACUGCAAAAAUAAUAUUGCGAUAUUGUCAAAACGAUACAAUAUAUCCUAAAAAAAUAAUAUCCCGAUAUGUAACUCUAUGGAUUUUGUCCCCCAUCACUAAUUAACAUGUUUGAUUGGCAAUCAGUGCAAUCCAUAGGGAUGCUGCCUCCUCAAUAGGAGACAAUCAGAAAAUAACCCUCUAUGCCAAGGCUAACUUCACAUCUACUGUCUAAUAGGAAUAGUGUUUUGGAGGUGAGUCAUGCAGUCAGGAGGCUUAAAGCAUGUCCAUCAGAUAGUCACAUUCUGAAUGUAUUCUGAAGAUAGUGCUUUAUAAAUGCAUACAUUUAACCAAGCUUUCCUCUUGAGUUCCUUUCUUAAGGAGCCUAAUCCUUGGUUCCCCCUCAGUACUUAUUGACCGAGGGAGAAUACUGUCUGCCUGCAUAUCACAAUGGUAGUAAAUACAGCCAUAUCAGAGGGAGAGGCAGAUUAAUAAGCCUUUCAUCUCUGUGGCCCCACAUUCCUCUCAGGAUCAAGAGCAAAGCAAAAUUAAAUUGGUCUCAAGUCGCCUCUUUUACAAUAGGCAAGGCCAUGGGCAUCAUAAGACCGCCAAGCAGUUUAGCCAAGCAGGCGGUCAGGCCACCAGGCAGAAAGAAAGGCAUUAGGACCCCUUGAUCAGAACAUGCCUCUCAUUCUUUCUUUCACAUUAGUGCUUUCAAGUGAGUCAUGCCAUGAAAAAUCGCACUGAUGGUUAACCUGUCCAAUGCUUAUAGGUAUUUUUAAUACUGUAUCACUUGAAAUCAAGAGUGGAAUUUGAUGGAACAAAAGGCUGAUCGAAACGUCAAUAAAGUGGAAUGUUUAGUAUUUGCUAAAAAUAUAAAUUUUAAGUAUUGAAAGCUGAACUAAACAUUGAAUGACUAAUAGAUUGAUAGGCGUCUGAUGAAGCCUGCAGUCGAGGCUGUCUGUAAAUGAGGAACAUGUUGAUUCUCGUUAAUUGAAUUUCCUGUAUUUGGUAGGAUCUCUCCAGAGGGAGUGGACAUCGUCCUGGACUGUCUGUGUGGGGAGAACACUGGUAAAGGCCUCGGUCUGCUGAGGCCUCUGGGAACCUACAUCCUCUACGGUUGGUGUCCUGUCACGAUGCUACUCAUACAUUUGCUACAUUGUGCCACCAGUAUCACACAUAAGACUCUUGAGAUAUGAUGUGGUAUUAGCCUGUGAAUGUUGGAAGUAUCUUGAGUGACAUUUUUUAUUUAGAACAUUUCAAACUUACUGACAGGUAUUGUAUAUAGGUUAGGCACCAUUGCACUUGUGCUAUACAUAUACAGUGCUUUCAAGAAGUAUUCACACCCGAUGACUUAUUCCAUAUUUUGUUGGUUUACAGCCUGAAUUGAAAAUUGAUUAAAUCGAUUUUUUUCUCUCACCCAUCUACACACAAUAUCCCACAAUGACAAAGUGAAAACAUGUUUUUAGAAAUGUUAGCAAUUUUAUUCACAAUUAAAUGGUCCUCUGUAGCUCAAUUGGUAGAGCAUGGCGCUUGUAACGCCAGGGUAGUGGGUUCGAUCCCCGGGACCACCCAUAUGUAAAAGUGUAUGCACACAUGACUGUAAGUCGCUUUGGAUAAAAGCGUCUGCUAAAUGGCAUAUUAUAUUAUAUUAUUAUAUUAAAUACAGAAAUAUCUCAUUUACAUAAGUAUUCACACUCCUGAGUCAAUACAUGUUAGAAUCACAUUUGGCAGCAAUUACAACUGUGAGUCUUUCUGGGUAAGUCUCUUAAGAGCUUUGCAAACCUGGAUUGUACAAUAUUUGCCCAUUAUUCUUUAAAAGAUUCUUAAAGCUCUGUCAAAUUGGUUGUGGAUCAUUGCUAGACAACCAUUUUCAAGUCUUCCCAUAUAUUUUCAAGCAGAUUUAAGUCAAAACUGUAACUUGGCCACUCAGGAACAUUCAAAGUCUUCUUGGUAAGCAACUCCAGUGUAGAUUUGGCCUUGUAUUUUAGAUUAUUGUCCUGCUGAAAGGUGAAGUAAUCUCCCAGUGUCUGGUGGAAAGCAGACUGAACCAGGUUUUCCUGUAGGAUUUGCCUGUGCUUAGCUCCAUUCUGUUUAUUUUGUAUUCUGAAAAACUCCAGUCGUUAACAAUUACAAGCAUACCCAUAACUUGAUGCAGCCACCACUAUACUUGAAAAUAUGGAGAGUAGUACUCGGUCAUGUGUUGUAUUGUAUUUGCCCCAAACAUAACACGUUGUAUUCAGGACAAAAAGUGAAUUGCUUUGCCACAUUUUUUGCAGUAUUACUUUAAUGUCUUUUCACUAUGUCAAUUAGGUUAGUAUUGUAGAGUAACUACAAUUUUGUUGAUCCAUCCUCAGUUUUUUCCUUUCACAGCCAUUCAACUCUGUAACUUUUUUAAAGUCAUGGUGAAAUCCCUGAGCGGUUUCCUUCGUCUCCGGCAACUGAGUUAGAAAGGACGCCUGUAUCUUUGUAGUGACUGGGUGUAUUGAAACACCAUCCAAAGUGUAAUUAAUAACCUCACCGUGCUCAAAGGGAUAUUCAAGGUCUGCUUUUUAUUGUAUUUGUUUACCCAUCUACCAAUAGGUGCCCUUCUUUGCGAGGCAAAGUGGUCUUAGUGGUUGAAUCUGUGUUUGAAAUGCACUGCUCGACUGAGGGACCUUACAGAUACAGUGGGGAAAAAAAGUAUUUAGUCAGCCACCAAUUGUGCAAGUUCUCCCACUUAAAAAGAUGAGAGAGGCCUGUAAUUUUCAUCAUAGGUACACGUCAACUAUGACAGACAAAUUGAGCAAAAGAAAUCCAGAAAAUCACAUUGUAGGAUUUUUAAUGAAUUUAUUUGCAAAUGAUGGUGGAAAAUAAGUAUUUGGUCACCUACAAACAAGCAAGAUUUCUGGCUCUCACAGACCUGUAACUUCUUCUUUAAGAGGCUCCUCUGUCCUCCACUCGUUACCUGUAUUAAUGGCACCUGUUUGAACUUGUUAUCAGUAUAAAAGACACCUGUCCACAACCUCAAACAGUCACACUCCAAACUCCACUAUGGCCAAGACCAAAGAGCUGUCAAAGGACACCAGAAACAAAAUUGUAGACCUGCACCAGGCUGGGAAGACUGAAUCUGCAAUAGGUAAGCAGCUUGGUUUGAAGAAAUCAACUGUGGGAGCAAUUAUUAGGAAAUGGAAGACAUACAAGACCACUGAUAAUCUCCCUCGAUCUGGGGCUCCACGCAAGAUCUCACCUCGUGGGGUCAAAAUGAUCACAAGAACGGUGAGCAAAAAUCCCAGAACCACACGGGGGGACCUAGUGAAUGACCUGCAGAGAGCUGGGACCAAAGUAACAAAGCCUACCAUCAGUAACACACUACGCCGCCAGGGACUCAAAUCCUGCAGUGCAAGACGUGUCCCCCUGCUUAAGCCAGUACAUGUCCAGGCCCGUCUGAAGUUUGCUAGAGUGCAUUUGGAUGAUCCAGAAGAGGAUUGGGAGAAUGUCAUAUGGUCAGAUGAAACCAAAAUAGAACCUUUUGGUAAAAACUCAACUCGUCGUGUUUGGAGGACAAAUAAUGCUGAGUUGCAUCCAAAGAACACCAUACCUACUGUGAAGCAUGGGGGUGGAAACAUCAUGCUUUGGGGCUGUUUUUCUGCAAAGGGACCAGGACGACUGAUCCGUGUAAAGGAAAGAAUGAAUGGGGCCAUGUAUCGUGAGAUUUUGAAUGAAAACCUCCUUCCAUCAGCAAGGGCAUUGAAGAUGAAAUGUGGCUGGGUCUUUCAGCAUGACAAUGAUCCCAAACACACCGCCCGGGCAACGAAGGAGUGGCUUCGUAAGAAGCAUUUCAAGGUCCUGGAGUGGCCUAGCCAGUCUCCAGAUCUCAACCCCAUAGAAAAUCUUUGAAGGGAGUUGAAAGUCUGUGUUGCCCAGCGACAGCCCCAAAACAUCACUGCUCUAGAGGAGAUCUGCAUGGAGGAAUGGGCCAAAUUACCAGCAACAGUGUGUGAAAACCUUGUGAAGACUUACAGAAAACGUUUGACCUGUGUCAUUGCCAACAAAGGGUAUAUAACAAAGUAUUGAGAAACUUUUGUUAUUGACCAAAUACUUAUUUUCCACCAUAAUUUGCAAAUAAAUUCAUAAAAAAUGCUACAAUGUGAUUUUCUGGAAUUUUUUUUCUAAUUUUGUCUGUCAUAGUUGACGUGUACCUAUGAUGAAAAUUACAGGCCUCUCUCAUCUUUUUAAGUGGGAAAACUUGCACAAUUGGUGGCUGACUAAAUACUUUUUUCCCCCACUGUAAUUGUAUGUGUGGGGUACAGAGAUGAGAUAGUCAUUCAAAAAUCAUAUUAAAAACUAGUAUUGCACACAGAGUCUAUGCAACUACUUACACUACAUGACCAAAAGUAUGUGGACACCUGCUCGUCGAACAUCUCAUUCCAAAAUCAUGGGUAUUAAUAUGGAGUUGGUCCACCCUUUGCUGCUAUAACAACCUCCACUCUUCUGGGAAGGCUUUCCACUAGAUGUUGGAACAUUGCUGCGGCGACUUGCUUCCAUUCAGCCAAAAGAGCAUUAGUGAGGUUGGGCACUGAUGUUGGGCGAUUGGGCCUGGCUCGCAGUCUGUAUGGACCUCGCUUUGUACAUGGGGGCAUUGUCAUGCUGAAACAGGAAAGGGCCUUCCCCAAACUGUUGCCACAAAGUUGGAAGCACAGAAUCGUCUAGAAUGUCAUUGUAUGCUGUAGCGUUAAGAUUUCCCUUCACUGUAACUAAGGGGCCUAGCCCGAACCAUGAAAAACAGCCCCAGACCAUUAUUCCUCCUCCACCAAACUUUACAGUUGGGACUAUGCAUUCGGGCAGGUAGCGUUCUCCUGGCAUCCGCCAAACCCAGAUUUGUCAGUCGGACGGCAAGAUGGUGAAGCGUGCUUCAUCACCAGAGAACGCGUUUCCACUGCUCCAGAGUCCAAUGGUGGCGAGCUUUACACCACUCCAGCCGACGCUUGGCAUUGCACAUGGUGAUAUUAGGCUUGUGUGUGGCUGCUCGGCCAUGUAAACCCAUUUCAUGAAGCACCCGAUGAACAGUUCUUGUGCCGACGUUGCUUCCAGAGGCAGUUUGGCACUCGGUAGUGAGUGUUGCAACCGAGGACGAUUUUUACUUGCUUCAGCACUUGGCAGUCCCGUUCUGUGAGCUUGUAUGGCCUACCACUUCAUGUCUGAGCCGUUGUUGCUCAUAGACAUUUACACAUAUAGCACUUAUAGUUGACCGGGGCAGCUCUAGCAGGGUAGAAAUUUGACGAAACAACUUGUUGGAAAGGUGGCAUCCUAUGACGGUGCCACGUUGAAAGUCACUGAGCUCUUCAGUAAGGCCAUUCUACUGCCAAUGUUUGUCUGUGGAGAUUGCAUGGCUGUGUGCUCGAUUUUAUACACCUGUCAGCAGCGGGUGUGGCUGAAAUAGCCGAAUCCACUAAUUUGAAGGGGUGUCCACAUAUUUCUGUAUAUAUAGUGUGUUUGACUUGUUAAGCAAAUUUUUACUCCUAAACUUAUUUAAGCUUGCCAUAACGAAGGGGUUGAAUACUUUUCAUUUUUAAUUACAAAAAAUUACAAAAAGGAAAAACAUCAUUCCACUUUGACAUUAUGGGGUACUUUAUUGUGUUUAGACCAGUGACGAAAAAUAUCAAUUUAAUCCAUUUAAAAUGUAGGCUGAAACACAACAAAAUGUGGAAAAAGUCAAGGGGUGUGAAUACUUUCUGAAGGCACUGUUUCCUAUGACAUAGCUUAGACCACAAAUAUCUUUAAAAUGUCUUGUAAUAUAUAGGCUCAAGCUCUUCAGAUUUUCACCUCGUCUAAGGACACUUAGAAUACAGAUGAUCCUAUUAUUUCUAGGUAAUAUCCCUCCAUCUACUCAAUAGUCAAUCUGGACAGAAUUUAAGCGACUGCUUGAACCUCAUUGAAAACUAGGCGUGCGUUGUGAUUCAGUGUGAAAUUUUGGUUAAUUAAAAUUGAUUAAAAAAUGACACCUGAAUUUAUUUUACUGCCUUUGGCUUUUGUCCACAUCUGAAUUGUUUAAUUACAAGAUUCUUCUUGUGUUUCAGAUCAUGUAGAAUUAGAGUUCCUGUCAGUAUGACAGUCGUGGAGUUGUAACACUAGUGCGGCAUGAAUCAAUUAAUGGUAUGACGGUGAACAGAUUUCAUGAGCUGUGCCAGGACACGCUCUGCCAGAUCUAAAAGAGACAACCACUCCUCCCCCACAAUAACCCCUCAUCACCUCUAGGCUCUUUACUGUUCACCCUUCACUUCAGCCCAACAGUUAACACCGCCACCCUGUCUCUCUCUAUAAGCUUGUGUCUUUGUUUUUGUGUUUUCAGGCUCAUCAAACAUGGUGACUGGGGAAACAAAGAGUUUCUUCAGCCUUGCAAAAUCUGUGAGUCAGAAAUGCUGAGUCUGUCACUGAGUUUAAAGAAUGGAACAGUCUGUUUAAUAUUUAUUGAACAUUCAUUACUUACAUGGUAAAUGAAACACAAAUGAGUUAUUGGGGAGAGUGAUGUGUGUGUCUCUGGUUUGACUCCCCAGUGGUGGCAGGUUGAGAAGGUGAACCCUAUUAAACUCUACGAGGAGAACAAGGUCAUCGCUGGAUUCUCGCUGCUCAACCUCCUGUUCAAGCAGGGCAGGUGUGGGCAGGUGAAGACGGUGGUGGAGAAACUCUUCUCCCUAUACAACCAGAAGAAGAUCAAACCUGUGGUGGACUCCCUGUGGGCACUGGAGGAGGUAAGGGGACAGCUGGUGGGCAGGGACAUUUCCCUGAACACAUCUGGCAUGAUGUCUUUGACUGGCAGGUCUACUGUACAGCCAACUAACAGAUGGGUAGGGAAGUCUUAGAGAAGGUGGUAUGGAAACGUCUUGGAUGGAGUGUCAUCUGUUGUUUGUCACUGUUCAGCUGUUAGUGGACGUUGUUUCGGCCCACAGAUGGCAGGUGGGCCGUUGUUUUGAUGGCUGUAGUUAGGCGACGUUCACAUUCACGCCCACAUUAAUUCCAAUGUACCAAUCAUCAAUCCCUCCUCUCCAUCUCUGCCAGUGCAUUUCUCUGGGUUUCUGUCUUCCUCUUUCUGUUUCUACACCGUCACCAAAUCUGUUUGUAAAGAAACACAAAUGUGACAUUUGGGUGUUUCAACACAUUCUGUUAUUUCUGUGGACUUGCUAGUGGAAUUGCUAGUGGUUAGCAGGCAGCACAGCACAGAGGGGCAUAGAGUCAUUUAUUGAGACUACAGUCCUGCUGCUAUGAGGUAGAAGAUUGGUGGUUUCAUUAUUCACAAGAUCCCCUGCUUAUAAAAUAGUGAAAGGCUUUCCAGAGCUUUUCCUCUCCUUUCAUAUUACUGGUGUUUACCUCCACUCAGUUAUUUCUUUAUACAGAUAUACAGUAUAUAUACAGAUAUUCACCUAAAUCUGUCUCAAGUGAAAGAAUGAAUAGACAAAUUGAAUUAUUUCUGUCCUUUCAAUCCAAUGUCUGUGACACUUAGGUUACUGUACAUUUCAUUGAUCCAUUCCAGUUUUUCUGGUAAGGCUGACAUGUUAUUUGAGUAGAAACAGUCAAGGGGAUACAGUGUGUCAUGUAAUUUGAUUGAUUUACAUUGUGUUGUUCAGGUGGCCAGUUCAAAUCACCGAGCCGACCUCUCUGAUUCAGAGGGGUUGGGUUAAAAGCAGAAGUAAAGUUUUGGUUGUGUGCACUUGACGAUAAAAAUAAAUGCCAUCCUUUCUUUGCUUAAUUUUGGAGCUGAAAUUUGCUGCCUGCAAACAUGUUCUUGCGUCAUUCCGGUUUUGAAGUUACAGAAUAAUUGGCAUUUCCAGCAGAGAGAGGAGUGCGAGGAAAGCCUGUUUGAAUAG